AUGGAUUUCAUACAAGAAAAAUUGCAAAGCUGGUUCUAUGAAAGAAGGACACUUGCAGAAGGAAUAUUCCGUGAUAUAUCAAAUUGGGCAGAAGCAACAUUGGAAGCAAAAAUUCAACCAGCUUUUACAUUUAGAGUAUUGCCCAUUGAUAGACUCAAAUUCAAUGUCAAAGAAGGUGGUAUGGAAUUUAUUGUUGAUCUAGACAAAAGAACAUGUGAUUGUUCUGAAUUUCAGCUAGAUGAGAUGCCAUGUGAACAUGCAAUUGCUGCAAUUGAGAGUAUACAUCAAAAGAAAUCGGCCUUUUGCUCAGCCUAUUUUUCAAGGGACUUUUGGUUGAAUACGUAUGAAGGGAAAGUAAAUUCUGUAGGUGAUGCAACAACAUGGGUUAUACCAGACACUAUUAAAUCAGAAAUCACUAAGCCUCCAGAUGCCAAAGUACUGCUAGGAAGAAGACAGAAGAAUCGACAUGUUUCCGGUACAGAAUUCAAGAAGGAACCAAGAUGUAGUCGUUGCAAAAAAUAUGGGCAUACCAGAACAAAUUGCACAAAUUCUGUUGUAGUUCAUCCUUAUGCAAGAAAAUAUAGGGAAAAAAUGAUUGAAUAUAUACAAUAA